AAACAAUAUGAUUUCCAUAAACAAACUAGAAUGAAACAUUUAGCUGUUUAAUUUCACGUUCGCAUUCAGUCGAUUUGAACUAUCGCGGUUCCCCCACUCCUCCGCGAAGAAGCGCGCGCCGCGCAGGUAGGAACUUAGGAGUUCAGUAUGUGUCGGGACUGCGAGCGCGUCGCUAGGGUGUUUCGCGCUGCCGUGCUGGCAGGCUCCUCAUAACAGUGUCUACUUUCUAACAUGGCAGAUCAAUUUGUGUUGUAUUAUCAUGUGACGGGUAAAAGCUCUCGUUCAUAAGACGAUCUCUGUGUAAACUAUCGUAGAUUUUCCUUCCGAGGAAAACGUGUUGCCAGCUUAGAUUACGGUCGCGAUGGCGGACAUGAAAAGUCCACCGUUCAGUGACAUUAAACGGCCCGAGGAGGUGGUGGCGAUGGCGAUGAACGACGGCCUGAAAUUCGCCGUGCUGAUCGGGCUGAUCGAAGUGGGACAGGUGUCGAAUCGGGAAGUUGUCAACACCGUGCUUCAUCUGUCUCACUUUGUACUUUCAUAGAGGAUCCAGGGCGUUCUGCGAUCAGUGGACCGAUUUGGCUUAUUCGUUUUGUUGUUGAAAUUCGAGAAAUUGAUAGUUGCAAAAAUUCUGAACGUCGUAUGAUAAAUGGUUUCGUGUUAUUCCAUCGUUGGUCGGUAAUAAAUGAACGGUUAGAUAACAUGAUUAACGCGUGUCGCGUAAUGAAUGCAUCGAUUGCAGCGAAUACUGGCAUUUGCACGAGGAAGAUUGUAAUCCGAUUACGAUUAAUGAAGCAAUUUUUGAUCUUCUUUCCACUUUUUUUUCCUUUGUACACGUGUACACUUGUAUAGAGAUGAUUGGUUCGAUCGUUCACCAAGUGGAUGCCGAACACGUAAAUGAUUUGAAUCACGUGCGAAUAUCGAGUAGCAUUGUUCGUCAAGUAUUUAUUGGAUUGUUGUAAACGUCGUGUGCAUCUCGAUACACGACGCUCAUGU